GAAAAGGCGCGCCUUUUCUCCUCUCGUUCCACCGACGGCGACGCAGGCCUCACCCGCACCAACCUUCGUUCUCCUUCCCCUUCUCCUCCACGCGCGUCAAUUUGCCAUCCCAGGAAGGCAGAACCCCACACCUCUGAUCUGCUCUGCCCAUCAUCCAGCGCAUCCCCGGCCCUGACUUAACUUGCUGCUCACCUCGCCAUGGGAAUCUCCCACCCUCUCUCCGACGAGUACGACGCCCUCCGCGGCGCCGUCCUCUCGCCGGAUACGACGCCUCCCUCAUCGCCGCUCGCCCACCGCCACCUCCUGGAGCACGAGGUUACUAGGAUGGACACGCUCGCCGGCAUCGCCAUCAAGUACGGCGUCGAGAUAUCUGACAUCAAAAGGGCAAACAGUUUGGUAACUGACAGCCAGAUGUUUGCACACAAAUCGCUGCUCAUACCUCUACCAGGAAUGCCCAUGCCAUCCCUGAAUGCUUGUGGUCAAAGAACGAUAAGAACGUGUGCUCCAAACCAUCGGCAAAAGAGAGACGCGCCCAAGUCUCGUCAGCAGGGUGCGUCAUCUGCAAUGAAUACCUUGCAGAGAUACUAUGGCCUAACACCACCUCAGAAAGGAGGAAAUACCAUGGAUAGCAGCACUGAACUGUCUGUGUACCAUAAGGGCGGCGGCUUCCAGAGUAACCUCAGCGAAACAUUGCUCAAUCCUUCCGCAGCUCCAGGCACCGACAGCAGCUGGAAUUUUGAAGCGCUAGGCUUUUCAGCGACCGAGGGCGAUGGCGGGGCACCGAAACCAGAGCAAGAUGGUUCUAUGCGGCGGCGACAGAAAGUGGAAGCAGAGUCUAACGCCCAGGGUGAUUUUCUAGUGAAGGCGAUCAAGAGUCUGUUGAUUUCCAGCGUCCGUCUAGACACGUAUGCAGGCAGCCCAGGUUCCAGCCAGAAGAGCGGCUUCAGAUCUGUGACUGUGAGGAAGUCCCCGAGCGCGCCCAGCUUUGCGGAUGCUGACAAUGGAGUCUCUAUGUGGUCAAGUUCCAAGUGGACGUUCAGCCAUGACUCCUUCACCCGACCGUUGCUUGAUGGCCUGCCCAAACCAGCGUCAGCUCGGAGGACCAACCAAAACCGCGUUGGACUGAAACUGAACUGAAUACACACAUGUUUGAGCGUCUCCUUUGAUGAACGACGAGCUGUGGCGUGACUAGGCGACUGACUUGGCAGCAGAGCAUAUCUGUCUGCAGCUCUGGUGUUAGCACAAUUGAUUGGCUUGUACAACUCCUACAAAAGAGAAGAGUUACGAUGGAGCCUAGCUACAUGUAAUGUAUACAACAUGCAUACAUGCAUGUGUUGAUGGAAUGAAUUGUAUUGUAUCCCAUCCCAGGCAGUGCUACACACAGAUAUUCUGUCUGCUGUGUGAUGGGGUGAAUUUGGUUUCAGUUACUCCCUAAAUCAAAUGGAA